AUCGAAAAUCUCGUUUCUUUUGAGGAAACAUAAUUGAAGUUUCGGGUCUUAAGUUCUACACUGUGAUGCCACCGGAUGGUUCAGCUGUUUUUGACGGCAUUCUCCUGAAGGCUAUCAAUGACUCUCAAUCAGGGAGCGCGGCGGUCGACAGAAUGCCGGCCGGGGUUGAGAACAGCACUAGUAAUCAGCAUUUAGUAGAGGUCUCAACGAAAGCCACUUGGUUGAAGAAAAAUUCAACUGUUUUGGACAGGCGGCUUGUUUGCAUCCUUGGGACAGUCUGUUUUCUAUUAUGCCUAGGACUAGUUUUAAUAUGUUACCAAUAUAUAACUGUAGUUACCUCAGAAUGUACCUCAGAAAUAUGCAUCAGAUCAGCGGCGAACCUGCUGCAGUCGAUGGACCAGUCAGUGGACCCGUGCGAGGAUUUUUACGGGUUCGCGUGCGGACGCUGGGCCGAAGAACACCCGACGCCGGACGCCGCCUUCAGCCACGACUGGUUCAACGAGCGACGCACCCGCAUCGAACACUCCAUCAGAGAAUACUUAGAGCGAAAUGACUCGGAUUCUGAGCCUGCGGCUGUUCAUCAAGCAAGAACCAUGUUUCGAGCGUGUAUGAAUGCAGAGGCGAUCGAGGAGUUGAAAUUCGCUCCAAUUGAGGAUGUGAUGGAGGACAUAGGCUUGUCGCUCUUGCCUCCGGCAAACAACACGAAAUUUGGAUGGGGUCAAGUCUCGGUCAACGCAAAGUUAGGUCUCAACAGGGAUCUGUUCUUGCAAGUCUCUGUUGGGCCGGACCCUUUCAACCAUACGAUCAACAGGAUAAGCAUCAAUAGGCCCGAGGCUAACUCACCCCUACCAAGCCACAAAGACCUGGAAAAACGAAUGAGACGGAGAAUGGCCGAAGAGGUUAGCCUGGAGGAAGAGGGGAUCGUUUCCGACGGAGUGAAGGCCUACUACAACUACGUCAUAUCUGUCAUCAAACUAUUUCACGACUACAAAAACAAAACGAUCACGACCCAAGAGAUUAUCGACGAGUACGUCAAUUCCAUCAGAGAAGCUAACAUAUUGAUCAAUGAAAUCCAUCAGUUAAUCGAGAACAAAACCGACACUGACCCUGAACCCGAGGUAUACACAUUGGGACAGUUACAAAAAUUGACCAACUCCUUCUCGGAAACAGGGAAGCAACUGCGAGAAACUUACACCCUCUGUCAUUUGAUUUCUCCUCAGUUAAUCGAGAACAAAACCGACACUGACCCUGAACCCGAGGUAUACACAUUGGGACAGCUACAAAAAUUGACCAACUCCUUCUCGGAAACAGGGAAGCAACUGAUUGACUGGCGGUGGUAUUUCAAUCUGAUGUUUGAAAAUGUGGAGAACGUCACAUUGGAUCUUGAAGACGAUGAUAUAAUUUUAGUAUACAACGUGGACUAUUUCGAGGGUCUCAUCAAAGUUCUCGAGAGAACAGCGCCGCAGACUGUCGAGUUCAUGUUUUGGUUGGAUAUUGUUCAGUUAUUAGCGCCUCACAGCACCAAGGAACUGCGUAGAUUGAACCAAGACUUCAUUGAAGCGUUGACAGGCAUCCAAACGAUCAAAACAAGGUUUUUCCGUUAUGGUUCUAAUCAACUGACUUGUUUAUACCUGGCGCAGAUUGACUGGCGGUGGUAUUUCAAUCUGAUGUUUGAAAAUGUGGAGAACGUCACAUUGGAUCUUGAGGACGAUGAUAUAAUUUUAGUAUACAACGUGGACUAUUUUGAAGGUCUCAUCAAAGUUCUCGAGAGGACGGCGCCGCAGACUGUCGAGUUCAUGUUUUGGUUGGAUAUUGUUCAGUUAUUAGCGCCUCACAGCACCAAGGAACUGCGUAGAUUGAACCAAGACUUCAUUGAAGCGUUGACAGGCAUCCAAACGAUCAAAACAAGAGAACUACAAUGCACUGAAUCAGUGAUUCAGUUGAUGGGGAUGGCAGUCAGUUAUUCAAUUCUGAAUGAGGAGAAUCUAAGAACAACUAAAGAACGAGUAGAAGAAAUGAUCAAUAAUAUUCGAUGGGCAUUUGAGAAACUAAUUGAACGUCUGGACUGGAUGGAUAAACCGACGAAAUCGGCAACACUGGAAAAGGUUGAAGCCAUGAGGAGCUUUAUUGGGUACCCAGAAUGGCUUGCUGAGCCACGCCAGCUUGAGGAAUACUACUCAGGGUUGGGAGUUGCAGAAGAUACAUACCUGGAUAAUGUACGAAAUAUGACACGGCUCUUAGUCAACAACAUGCUUUUCUCUCUUGACACGCCCAACGAUUUUCAGAGUGUUUGGGCUGUGGAUCCAAUCGAUGUGAAUGCUUUCCACACCUUUCAGGCAAACGCUAUCACGAUACCGAUGGGAAUAUUGCAGUACCCUUUCUACAAUCUUGGAUUAGAGGCCCUAAAUUAUGGAGCGAUUGGGUCAAUUCUUGGACAUGAGCUUACUCAUGGAUUUGACGAUACAGGUCGAAAAUAUGAUAAGACUGGUAAUAAAUUACCGUGGUGGACAAACAAAACAAUCAACGAGUACAUGAACAAAACAGAGUGUUUUGUCGAACAAUAUAGUUCCUAUUAUCUUCCAGAGAUCAACCAAUCGAUCAAUGGAGCGCAAACUUUAGACGAAAACAUAGCCGAUAAUGGCGGCUUACGCGAGGCGCUGUGGGCCUACAGACAUUAUGUCCGCAACCAUGGACAAGAACGAACUCUACCCGGACUGGGGGAUUAUAACCAUGAACAACUCCUGUUCCUGUCCUUCGCAAAUCUUUGGUGCGAAUCCUGGACGACAACGUCUCUGAAGUGGGACAUGAAGGACGUCCACUGUCCAAACCGAAUCCGAGUGGCCGGGGUCCUCUCCAACUCGCCAGAGUUCUCCACCAUCUGGGGCUGCCCCAAGGGCGCCAAGAUGAACCCCAAGAAGCGGAAAUGCCAACUCUGGUAGCCCCCGCCCCCCGCAUCGGGCCCUCGCCUUAUUGUACAUUUUGUAAAUCCCCCACGUGUAAUCUUUGGUUGUACAGUGAGUGAACCUCGUUUUUCUCCCCCUCAAGGUCCUUGUAAAAUGAACUCUUGUAAAAAUCUAACUCAUCUUUGUUUUGUUUUGUGAUACGACUUAGCGAUAGUUCUAGUGCAGAGACCAUGUGCCUCCCCAGUGCCUAAUUUUACUUAAUUGCCUUCUUACGUUUGUACAGUUUUUGUUGAUUAAUGUAGCAAUAAACCAAAACAUGACUUUA